AUGAGGCAACUAGGGGUGGAAGACGAACUGAAAGGAGAGCUGCAGACGAAAGGUUUUGAGACAUUUGGUUCUCUGGCAUUCGCAGUAUCGACAACCCCGCAACAGAUCACAGAUGCGAUUCUGGAUGCAUGGCUCUUGAAGGUAACUCCAAGCCAUGCACUGGUGGAUCUUUGCGUUAACAUGUUGGAGCAGAAUGUUUUAACUUGGAUCAAACCGGAGGAGUGUACAUCACGAUCACAGGAGAUCCAGAGUUUGAAGCGCGACCCAAAGGUGUCACUGGAUGCAAGCGGGACCAUCAAGAUCACGUCCAAGACGGUGAGCACCACCUGCGCUGUCAGCUCAGAGCUGGACCUUAGAAAUGCUCUGCAACGCAGAUCUCUAGCAAUGGACCAAGCCAAACUCUGUUCAUUUAAGGAGAUAGAAUUGUGGGUACAACAUCUGUUUCUAUCGCAUGAAAGAGCUCAACCAUCAGGCUUUGCUUCAGUCACUCUGCAGCAGAUCAUUGAAUGCGACAAGCAGAUGUUCAUCCGUGCGUCCAACAAUCUAGUUGGCCAGCUGCAGGGUGAACCGGGCAGCUCCAUGACGCCCUUGGACAAGGAAAUCAGGGCGCUGCGAACAUCCCCUGAGUUGAUGCCAUACCUGAUGCCUAUGCCAGUCCGGCCUGCACCCAAGACCAAUCCUAAGCCAGACAAGAGGCCGACAUCCGACGCAUCCGAUCGCCCUGGUAAGUAUCAGAAAGGUAAGGGCAAAGGCAAGACAAAGGGCAAGACAAAGACCAAGUCAGGCUCCAUUGACAUCCCGCCUGACUGUGUGACAAAGACGCCAGAGGGCAAACCGCUGUGUUUUGCCUUCAACAAGGGCGUGUGUGGAUUUAAAGGAUCCGGCCCAAGAUGCCAAAGAGGAUAUCACCUGUGCUACAAGCAGGGCUGUCAUAAGCCCAAGCCCUAUCAUGAAUGCAGUCACUCAACCGAGUGA